UGAGGGGAACAGCCGGAGCGGGUCCGGGGUUCGUCGCCAUCAUGUUCCGGUGCCGCGUGGCUAUCCGGCUGGUGCGGGGGCUCGGGCCAAGGUCGCGAGGUCGUGCGGGGGCAGGCAACUUGUGUCAGCGAUGGAAAGUUCCCUUAGAAGUUCAGCUGAGCAGACAAAUGGCUACUAGUUCUGGUGUUCCGGGGGGCACAGGCGAAAAUGCCUUCUAUGCCUUCCUUGUGGGCUUGUCCACCUUAGGAGCAGGGGCCUAUGUGUACAAGAUACUGCGGGAUGAUCAAGAACGGUACAACAAGCGCAUGAAAGCAAUGGGCCAGCGCCCCCAGGAGGACGAGAAGCCCUUGUCAGAAGCAGAUGCUGCCUCCCAGAGCACAGCAGCUCCAGCAAAGAAGGCAACCGCUCUCUCUGAAGUUCCGUCCCACGCACCUUUCCUUCUCAUCGGCGGAGGCACCGCCGCUUUUGCCGCUGCCAGAUCCAUCCGGGCUCGGGAUCCUGGGGCCAGGGUGCUGAUUGUGUCCGAAGAUCCCGAGCUUCCCUACAUGCGGCCUCCGCUUUCCAAAGAACUCUGGUUUUCGGAGGACCCGGACGUCACGGAAACUCUGCGGUUCAAGCAGUGGAAUGGCAAAGAGCGGAGUAUAUAUUUCCAGCCACCUUCUUUCUACGUAUCUGCUCGCGACCUGCCUCAAAUAGAGAAUGGUGGAGUGGCCGUCCUCACGGGAAGGAAGGUGGUCCACAUGGAUGUCAGGGGCAAUGUUGUGAAGCUGGACAACGGCGCGCAGAUCUCCUACGACAAGUGCUUAAUCGCCACAGGUGGUUCUCCAAGGAACCUUCCUGUGAUUGAAAGAGGAGGCAAAGAGGUGCAAAAGAGACUCACUCUGUUCCGGAAGAUUGAAGAUUUCCGUUCACUGGAGAAAAUUUCCAGGGAAGUCAAGUCGAUCACCAUUAUCGGCGGCGGUUUCCUGGGUAGCGAGUUGGCUUGUGCUUUGGGGCGAAAAGCGCAGUUGAGGGGCCUAGAGGUCAUCCAGCUUUUCCCAGAGAAUGGCAACAUGGGCAAGGUUCUUCCUGAGUACCUGAGCAACUGGACCACCAACAAAGUCAUGCGAGAGGGGGUGAAUGUGAUGCCCAACGCAGUGGUGAAGUCGGUGUCUGUUGCUGAUGGCCGGCUGCUAAUCAAGCUGAAGGAUGGAAGGAAAGUGGAGACGGAUCACAUCGUGGCAGCCGUGGGCCUGGAGCCCAACAUGGAGCUGGCAAAGUCGGCUGGCCUGGAGGUGGACUCGGACUUCGGGGGCUUUCGGGUUAACGCCGAGCUGCAGGCCCGCUCCAAUAUCUGGGUGGCCGGGGACGCUGCUUGCUUCUACGACAUCAAACUAGGCAGGCGGCGGGUGGAGCACCACGAUCACGCUGUUGUGAGCGGCAGAUUGGCCGGAGAAAACAUGACGGGGGCCGCAAAGCCGUAUUGGCACCAGUCUAUGUUCUGGAGUGAUUUGGGUCCAGAUGUUGGCUAUGAAGCCAUCGGUCUUGUGGACAGCAGCUUGCCCACUGUAGGGGUCUUUGCUCAAGCGACUGCGAAGGACACCCCCAAAUCGGCAACAGAGCAGUCAGGAACUGGAAUCCGCUCCGAGAGCGAGACUGAAACGGAAGCGUUGGAGCUCAAGGUUUCGGCCGCUUCGCCCUCCAGCCCGCAGGCUCCACAGCAGGGAGAGGACUACGGGAAAGGAGUCGUUUUCUACCUCAGGGAUAAGGUGGUGGUGGGCAUCGUGCUGUGGAACAUCUUCAACCGGAUGCCGAUCGCUCGCAAGAUCAUUAAGGACGGAGAAGAGCACACUGACCUCAACGAAGUUGCCAAGCUCUUCAACAUCCACGAGGAGUGAGCGGCCCCCAUCCCGAGGCCGGGGAUGAGUUUGGAGACCGGAGAGGAGGGGGUGCAGGCUGCCUGGACCCUCCCACCGGCGGGUCUCCCCUUCCCCACCCUGUGCGCGUGAAUGUCUGUGAAUGUUUGGAAUGGCUCCGAGCGCUCUUUGCACCGUGAAUUAAACCAGAUUGACGUCUAACUUACAA